AUGAAGGUCUCCGCAGUUCUCGCUCUCUUCGCGACCUCGGCUAUUGCCACUGAGUUCGGCAAGACGUGCAGAGAUGAGCACAUCGACGCCAACACCGACGUUCUGACAGCCAAGUGCGAUACUGGCGACGGAAAGGGCACCCUCCUGGACACCUCGCUCAACCUGAACGACUGCUUUGGGUUCCAAAACAACCAGAUCCAGUACGCGAACCAGGGCCACUUUGGCGACGUCUGCAAGGACUGCUUCUCAUACCGUCUGCCCGACCCCAUCUAUGAGAUUUUCGGCGUCUUCAGGGUUUGGAUGAACUGCACCUGCAACGGCAGUCCCACGGAGAGUGCCAUCAACCUGGACAAGACCCCAAUCAGCAACAAGUUCGGCACUCUGUCCUGCGCUCGUGGAUAG